CUGGUCUUCUUCACGUGCGGACUUGCUCUGCUCCGCAAUGCCUUGUCUUGCGUCGUAUCAUCCUACUGCUGCGCGUCCCAAUUCCCUCUCGUAAUCGUCAACUACACUCGACCAUAUGGGUUCCUGGGAACUGUAAGCAACAGCUGGCCAUGCGCAGCGCAUCUGAGCGUAUCUUGUCUCGUAAGAUCACAGCUGUGCCGUUUGCUGCCCAUCGCGAUCGGCCCAGAAAUUGGACGUCGGAUGCUUUUCGCAGACACCGACCACGUGAGCGGUGGAAGCAGUAUCGUCUCCGAUCAAGGUGCUCGACGGAUGCACAUGCCGCCCAGAUAA